AUGUUCCAACACGUGAGUGCUAAUUUGUGCACAUCUUUGGGAUUUGGUGUAUGCCUUUGUCUUUUUGUCUUUGUUCGACCGCGUCAGAGGAUGACUGUUGGCCGCACCCAAGCGGGUGGAGAUGGAGAUCAGCUUUGGUUAGGGCAUCUUUUCCAGGGUCCUCUCCGCAUGGAGCAAGCAGUGCUCUCCAUGGAAAAGGCUGCUUGA